CCGAUAAGAAGUUGUUAUUGUUAAACAAUAACUUAAAAAUACAUUUAAUAACAUUUUUGUGUUUAUAACUCAAUAAAUAAUCUCUUCUACGAAUCGAAAAAACAAACAAUUUCUUUGACGUUUAAACAUAACCUCAAACGUCACUGAGAUUGAGUCACUACCGAAAUGCCUCUUUAUGAAGGUUAUGGGGCUAUUACAGAUAAAAUAAUCUUUGUAAUCGAUAUAGGGGCGGCUUAUACCAAGGUUGGUUUUAAUGGUGAAUUUUCACCUCGAGCAAUCAUCCCAACUGAAGUUGAAUAUAAAAAGACGGGACAAUUACGGAAAAUUUACGAUUAUGAAUCAGAAGAAGAUCUUUAUGACCUCCUUGUUGAUUUCAUACAGAUGUUAUAUUUUAAAUAUGCUUUAAUCAGUCCAAAAGAUCGCCCAGUUAUUAUUGUUGAAUCAUUACUUUCAACAACCCUAUUUAGAGAAACUUUAGCUAAAGUACUUUUUUAUCAUUACGAAGUUUCUUCAAUCUUAGUUUUACCGUCGCAUUUAGUAUCGUUAGCAACUUUAGCGAUCGAUACAGGUUUAGUCCUUGAUAUCGGUUACACGGAAGCUAUCGCAAUCCCUGUUUGUUACGGAUUCCCUUUAAUCCAUGCUUGGCAAGCUUUACCAUUAGGAGCAAACGCUAUACAUAAAAAAUUAAAAACCAUGCUUACAAACGAUAACAUGGGCAUCCAAAACAUUGAAGAAUCAAUUUUAGAAGAUAUAAAAGUUCGUUGUUGUUUUGUAACCAAACGAGAUCGUGCCGAAAAGAUAUUAUCGAAUAAUCCCGGUUUAAAACCAUGCCCAAACAUUAAAUAUCCAUAUGGAGGUUCGAAAACGUUAAAUAUUUCGGGAAAAGUCCGCGAAUUAACUUACGAGUUAUUAUUCGAAGAAGACAACGACCAUCAAUGCAUAUCAACGAUGAUUUUGGACGCUUUAUCUCAAGUUGAUGUUGAUUCAAGGGAAAAAUUGGCCGAAAAUAUCGUUUUGAUUGGUGGCACAGCCAUGGCUCCUGGAUUUAAAGCUCGACUUCGUGACGAAUUGUAUAGGCAAUUAAAAAAUGAACGGUACAGUAAGUUUAAGAAGAUUAAAAGGUUUUUAUUUCAUACUCCGCCUGCUAAAGAUAAUUAUACAGCUUGGUUGGGAGGGGCUAUUUAUGGAGCUACUGAUAUUGUGCAGUUAAAAGCUGUAACAAAGGAGCAGUAUUUUGAGGAGAAUAGAUUUCCUGAUUGGGCUAAUUUAAAGGAUUCUAUUAAGAAUUUUAAUAAUAAUAAAUGAUUUAUUUAAUAUA